AUGGAUACUUUCUCUCGCACUCCCAGCCGCCUCGGUCGGCUCAAGGCUCAGAUGAAGACCGUUCUAUCCCGCACAUCCUCCUCAUCCGGCACCAGACCCUCCCGUCUUCUUCCUGCCAAGCGCCACACAACGCCCUCAGACCGCACCCGCGUCCCACCCCGCCACGCCCGCACCCAGAGCGAAGUCGACCCGCACACCUACUACAACACAACGAGCACCGACCUCGACCCCUAUUCAUCCGUACAUCUUCACCCAUCCUUACACCACCGCUCCUCCGCACAUCAUCGCUCCUCCGUACGCCCACCUCGACAUCGCUCGGCAGAACAUUAUACGGGCCCCAGUCCGAUAACGCCGGACGCGUAUGCGCUGUUGGAGGACUACUUCCCGCCUCAGCGCCAACCUCAGUCUGCGCCUGUGAGGCCGACGUCUGCUUCUAGAUGGCCGGAUUCGGCUGGGGGCUCAAGAUAUGCGUCUUCGAGGCCUGCGUCUGAUCAGCCCGCGCUUUCUGCGUUCGCGCGGUCUACGCCGUCAAAGCGCAUUCGACCUGCGCCUACCGCACGCGCCCGAUCAGAGUACGCGCGCCCUCCCACCAGCCACCCCCAGAACAACCCCUCGCACGCCCCGUCUAUACCGACGAACAAAACCGAACUCGCAGCAGUUCUGUCGGACCCGUACUACCAACACGCCGGCGUGCGUCCGCCCUCGCGGCCCAAUGGUGCACGCGCGAUGCCGAAUGCGGCUGUUGUGCCUGUUUAUGUGAAUGUGUAUGGGACGGGGCGGAGGACGAAGAGGGGGUGGUUGGGCGGCGGGAGGAGGAAGUAG